UAAACAAAGCGUACGCCAACGCGACAGACGUGUUUGUUCUGCGUAUUUGUAUUUUAAUUUAAUUUUUUCGUCAAAUUAACAUUACUACGCAUGUUCGCAAAUUUAGUAAAAGGAGCGCACAAUGAUAAAACACAUAAAAGAGAUGUAAUCUAGUUAUCCCUCGACAUCGCACAAAUGAACCGAAGAAACUUAUAUAAGGCACUUAGUACACAAAAACACAAGUUGCAUGCAACAUCAAUGAAAACGAACAUGCAAAAUCACUGAAACCCAAAAUAUAUAAACAAAGGCACGCAAAUAACUGCCUAUAUGCAAUUCUUGGCUAUUAUGCAAACAAUUGCUCAAGAUUAAGUACAUUAGAGCACAAGUGCCUUAAAAAUAUAGAACAAAAGGAUAACUAAUCAAAGCAAUUAGUAGUACGCCAACAAUAGCGUCAAGUGCAUUAGUUAAUAUUAUUAACUUUUAUUGAAAUCAACAUGGACACGGGCAGCGUUAUGGAUAUUUAUGCCAUUUAUUUAUUUCGACCCGGAAGUUCGCCCGUUGAUUGGUGCGAGGGCAAUUAUUUAAUAUCAUCGAAUAUUGCCGAGUUCGUUAACACGUUCAGCAAUUUUCUGUUUAUCCUGUUGCCGCCCGUGCUGAUAAUGUUGUUUAAGGAAUACGGAAGAUUUGUGACGCCCGGAAUACAUUUGCUGUGGGUGCUGCUGAUUGUUGUGGGUCUCAGUUCCAUGUAUUUCCAUGCGACAUUGAGUCUAUUGGGCCAGCUGCUCGACGAACUGGCCAUACUCUGGGUGUUUAUAGCCGGCUUCUCGCUGUUCUAUCCCAAGCGUUACUAUCCAAAGUUCGUUAAGAACGAUCGCAAAGCCUUCAGCUGGCUCAUGCUGAUAUCGGCCAUUAUCGCAACGGCUUUGUGCUGGUGGAAGCCCAUUGUUAAUGCCUUUGUGCUGAUGCUCAUGGGCGUGCCGACCAUGAUAAUGCUCUACACUGAGCUGCAGCGAGUUCGUGAUCAGCGCGUUUAUCGUCUGGGCCUGCGUGCCACCACAGUUUGGGGCGUGGCAGUUUUUUGUUGGAUCAACGAUCGGAUGUUUUGCGAGGCCUGGUCUGCAAUCAACUUUCCAUAUCUGCACGGCUUUUGGCAUAUACUCAUAUUCAUAGCUGCAUACACGGUGCUGGUGCUGUUCGCAUAUUUCUAUGUGGAAUCGGAGCUGCCGCAGCGGCAGCCGCUGCUCAAGUAUUGGCCAAAGAAUGAGUUUGAGUUCGGCAUACCGUUCAUAUCGAUUAGAAAUCCAGAUUCGAAAGAUUGGCACAUCUACUGCAGCUUAUACGUGCAGGAUUACGACAACGGGCUAAAGGCUCUGCGCUGAAAGUCUUAAUACUACUUAGAUUACUCUAAAAUGAGCCAUACAAAACGAAAAGGGAAGUUUACAAAAUUGGUUUUUGCCAACAUCUGUUUGUACGUUAUGAAAAUUCGCAUACUGAACAUGUUAAUUCUGUCUAAAUUAAAGAAAGUCAAAAAGUUGAAGAGAUAUUGCUUAGUUUAUAAAGUCUUUGAAUAAGCUUAAACUAAAUUAGUCAAAUGUAUGCUCACAGUUCUGAGUUUGGUCAAGAUAUCUUGAAAAUGGCAACAAUUUAAAAAAAAAAAAAAAAAACAUGCAUUAGUUCCUAAGGCAGCUAUAUAAUACAGAGAUUCAAUCCGACUCCAUCUGCCACAAAAAUACGAAAACAUUUCAAGCUUCAUUUAGAUAUUUUUAUGUCUAACAACAGAUAAUGUAUAAAGACAGGCAGACUUGGCUACAUAUAUAAAAUAAUCAUUUUCAAGCUUUUAUUUUGUUUGUUAAUAAAUUGAAAAAAUACGGUUUAGAAGAAUCCUGAACAAUCUGCUGCAACAGAGAACUAAGCAAUAUCUUGGUGAAUCGUUGUAAACUGGUCUAGUAAAUUGUAUGGAGCGUUUAGCAUAGACAACGUGAUAUAAAUUAGUGGUAAAACUGAUGCCUAAGCAAUUUAAAUUAUAUAUAUCCAAACUACAAAUACUUAUGAUAUAAAUUAUACAAACUUGAACAACUAUUAUUAGCUUACCUGAUCAGCAACAAAAAAAAAAUAUAUAUAUAUAUAUAUAUAUAUACAUGAAAAAGUUUUCAAUUUAGCUGUCAUUUAGAGUUGGCUUAAUGCUAACUGAAGAGAACCUAAUAUAAAAUAUAUAAAAAUGACAUGUACUGAG